CUUUCGUUUGCACUCAUAAGGCCAGUAUAAACCGUGGUGUAAAGCUUAUGCUGUAAGUGAUUUUGGAGGAAGUUGGGCAAUCAUUAACUUCUUUGGUAAAGAGUUAAAACGACGUCGCUGUGGACUAGUGUUGACAUUUGACAAGCCAAAUAGAUGUACGAUGAUAACCAAGGGCUGUAUUAGGAUACUGCUCCCCAGGCCUGGUGUCUCCAGACUGGUUGUCCUGUCUCUUUCCUCCUCCCUGGCUCUGCUGCUACUCUACAGCUCUUUGAAUGGUCCCCAGAGCCCCUCUGCGCUGCACCAGGUCUUCCUACAUUUCAGACAUGUCCGCUCCUACCCCCUCCUCAGACGGCCUCGCUGCUGCCUCCUCCAUCCCCCCAACUCCAAAUUUAACCCUGGUCCCAGUCACCCCAGACCCAACCCCUGGUCCCUCUACCCUGACUCCAACCACGACAUUGAAGCCAGCCCCAUCCUUCUGCUCCUAGCAAUCAAGUCCCACCCUGCCAACUCUGACCGCCGGGCUGCCAUACGAGCCACCUGGGGCGGGGAGAGGGAGUGGAGAGGCCAGGGCGUGAGGAGGGUGUUUCUACUGGGCCUGGGAAGAGACAGGGGGGAGGAGGGGGGAGACCCAGAUGUGGGGGAGGAGAGUGAGAGAUACGGGGACAUUCUCCAGUGGGAGUUCCAAGAAUCAUUUUACAAUGUGACUCUGAAAGAGGUUCUGUUCUGGAACUGGUUCUACCAGGAGUGUUCUACAACCGUUCUCUAUAUUCUAAAGGGGGACGAUGACGUUUACGUGGAUGUGGAGAGAGUGGUGAGGUUCCUACGGAACAGGGAGACAGGGAUGAGGAGAGAAGAAGAGGGAGAGACUGAGAUAGAGGGAGAGACAUUGAUAAGGAGAGGGAUGAGGAGAGGAGAAAAGGGAGAGAUGGAGAUAGGGGGAGAGAGAGGGAUGAGGAGGGGGACUGAGAUGAAGAGAGUGAUAGGACCAGGGGCAGGGAGAGAGCGAGGAACUGAGGGAGGGGCAGGGAGAGAGCGAGGAACAGAGGGAGGGGGAGGGAGAGGGAUGAGGAGGGGGACUGAGAUGAAGAGAGUGAUAGGACCAGGGGCAGGGAGAGAGCGAGGAACAGAGGGAGGGGCAGGGAGAGAGCGAGGAACAGAGGGAGGAACAGGGUCUCCCCGGCCUCUCUACAUGGGACGUAUCUUUGUGGAAACCUAUCCUGUGCGUAUAUGGUGGAAUAAGUACUAUGUUCCCUACUCCUUGUACCUUGGCCCCUACCCUCCCUACGCUGGGGGCGGGGGCUACCUCCUCUCCAGAGAUGCCCUCUCUCUUCUCCUCCAUGCCUCCACCAGGGUGCCUCUCUUUCCCAUCGACGAUGCCUACGUCGGCAUGGUCGCACAGGCAGCUAACCUAUCAGCCAGAAACCAUCCUGGCUUCAUGCCUGUGGAGUACUCUCCCUCCCGCCACCCCUGUCACUACCUCAACAGUAUCAUGGUCCUCCACAAGCUGCUACCCACAGACCUGCUUCAUCUCUGGAGCUUCCUCCAGACCCAGGUGCACUCCUGUAGGGACUCUGCCCAGGAUGGGCUCACCUUGGCCAGAGUGAACUCCCCUGGUUAGGAUUGGAGGGAAAGCUGAUCCUCGAUCUGUACCUAGGGCAGGGGGGGGUAUCAAAUGUAUUUUGUUCUGUGGGACACAGUUGGUCUUCACUGAGGUUUGCCCAAAAUAGGUCGUCUGUUUCUGGAAUGUUCAAUGUUACCUGACGUUCUAGCUCAGGGGUGGGCACUUCACCCUCCAGGGCCUGAUGGGUGUCAGUUUUGCCACAGCUAACACACUUGACUCCAAUAAUCACCAAAUGUAUUUUAUUUAACCUGGCAAGUCAGUUAAGAACAAAUUAUUAUUUACAAUGACGGCCUAGGAACAGGGGGUUAACUGGCCUAGGAACAGUGGGUUAACUGGCCUAGGAACAGUGGGUUAACUGGUCUAGGAACAGUGGGUUAACUGGUCUAGGAACAGUGGGUUAACUGGUCUAGGAACAGUGGGUUAACUGGUCUAGGAACAGUGGGUUAACUGGUCUAGGAACAGUGGGUUAACUGGUCUAGGAACAGUGGGUUAGCUGGUCUAGGAACAGUGGGUUAGCUGGUCUAGGAACAGUGGGUUAACUGGUCUAGGAACAGUGGGUUAACUGCCUUGUUCAGGGGCAGAACAACAGAUUUUUAUCUUGUCAGCUCGGGGAUUUGAUCUCGGAACCUUCCGGUUGCUAGUCCAAUGCUCUAACCACUAGGCUACCUGCCACCCUAAUCAUGAUCAUCAGUUUAGAAUGCAAUUUGAUUCAUUGGCGUUUGCUAAGGAUGGAGAAAAAGUGUGACUCCAAUCAGGCCCUUGAGGACUGGAGAUGCCCACCCCUGAGCUAGAACGUCAGGUCUCGCAAGCUGCUGGACAGACUGAAGAGACUAUAAAUGUAGGUUCAUUAUCAUGUUUAACCCCUGACCCAGGGAAACCUGGAGUGAGAUCUUAGAUGUUUGGUCCGACGGGAUUAACAGACAGUAUAAUUUAAUGCACUGAGCAGCGUCAUGAAUAACCUCAGGGAUCUUUUACUGUGGAUUGUUUUUUUUUAGAUUUUUAGUGUGACUGUGCGUGCAUGUAUGAGUUGAGGUUCAAUUACUAUGAAUCAAGCUAUGAAAUUGUUUAGUCAUUUUUGCAGAGAUCAGAUGUGUAUCAGAUAUGCCCCAAAAAAAUCCGAUCUGAGUCACUUCAGACUGCCUGUCUAAGCAUGGCUUUCGUAUCCCUGUGUUUUAUACCUUGUGUGUUGCUCCACAGUUUACCGAUGUUUUACCUCAUGUUCUAUGUGACAGGUCUUGUGAAUUAAAAAGGGUUGUUUUUCAAAUGA